UCGAUCUCCAUCUCACACCAGGAGAACGCGCACCGAGGACAAGUGCUUAUACUGUCAACCGUCCUCAUCAACGUAGGUCCAUCUAUUACCAGCGUUCAACAGCAUUAUGGCAGUGAAGUUUUCGUGAUGUAAGUAACGCGCUAAGUGAGACACGCGGAACGAGAGAUCCUGAAUUCUCGAGUCUUGGCCGAGCCCAGUUUUUCGUUGCCAAAAAAUAUUGUCUGUUCAACACUUUGCUCGUGAGCCGAAACGCUUCCAUCUCUCCGCCGCACAGUGGGGCUGAACGAACUUUCGUGUUUCAAAAAAAGCUACAGUCUCGAAAUUUGAACCGAUUUCGAUAAAUUUUUUUUUAAAUGAAAACUAAUUAAAUUUGGAAUAACUUGAUUUAAAUAAUUUGAUUUAAAUUGGCAAGCUCAAUAUCUUUGCGCCAGUUACUCGCAAUGAAGCACACGGUUAUCCUCGUUCUUGCUGUUGCAGCGACAAGAGUUUUUUUAGUUGAGUCAAAACAUGGCUGCAAAAUCAAACGCCGAUCGGAGUUCGGAAACGAGAGAGAAGAUGAUGGAUAUUAUUGUAUUUGCAAUAUGACGUAUUGCGACGAAGCUCCGGAUGUGAGGAGGACAUUCAAUCCCUCUAAAUAUUUCCUAAUAACAUCUAGCAAAAGUGGUUUGUUCUUCAACGUAUCGAGCGGUGUAUACAAAAAGUUUAAAAAAGUUGAUAAAUCAGAACCAUUAGGAAAGAUCACUAUAAAUCAAAAGGAUGUAUAUCAAGAAAUCCAAGGAUUUGGUGGAGCUGUAACUGAUUCAGCGGCUAUGAAAAUUCAAGAACUAACGCACGAGAUGUCCGAGUAUUUGUUGGGAAGCUAUUUUGGUCCACAUGGUAUCAAUUACAAUUUCAUAAGAACGCCAAUGGGUGGCACUGAUUUCUCAACGAGACCUUACACUUAUGCAAUGGUAGAAAACGAUACUUCACUUCAGCACUUUGAUUUACAAAUAGAGGAUUAUCUUUACAAGAUACCGAUUAUAAAGCGAGCUAAAGAAUUAAAGAAGGGAGAAAUUAAGUUGUUGACUGCACCGUGGAGCGCCAGUCUUUGGAUGAAAAAUAAGAAAUCUUGGAUGAUUGAUACUAAAUUACGUCCACAAUAUCGACAACUAUGGGCAAAUUAUUUCGUGAAAUUUUUCGAGGCUUAUCGUCGUAAUGGUUUAGAAUUCUGGGCUACUACGCCUCAGAAUGAGCCAGAAAAUUACAAGUAUAUUUCACAAACUAAUAGUACAUCUAUCAACGCGAUGGCAUGGACAGCCGAGGAAGAACGUGACUGGAUUAUUUAUAACUUGGCGCCAACCUUAAAGAAAAAUAAUUUUGGGGAUAUCAAAAUCUUAACAAUGGAUGAUACCAGACUAUCGAUUCCUGAUUGGCCUAAAACGGUAUUUGAAGAUAGGAGAGCAAGAGAUAUUAUUUCUGGAAUCGCGGUCCAUUUUUAUUUUGAUCAUUUUAUCAGUCCGAGUGUCUUGAAUGAAAUAAAAGAGCUGUUUCCAGAACAGUCAAUAUUAUAUACGGAAGGUUGCGCUGGAGUUUUCGAAGAACAAAAAGUGAUUCUGGGAUCGUGGAAACGUGCUGAGUUGUACGCAGCGAAUAUCAUCGAAACCAUGUCGCACUGGGUGUCCACUUGGAUCGACUGGAACAUUGCUUUAGAUAUGAAUGGUGGACCUAACUGGAUCAAAAAUUUUGUUGAUUCUCCAAUAAUAAUCAACAGCAAUGCCAACGAAUUCUAUAAGCAACCGAUGUUCUACGCAAUUGGACAUUUUUCAAAGUAUGUCCCACCUGGCAGUAUGAGAAUUGGCACAACCUCGAAGAAAACCGCGAAUAUUCGAAAUAUUGCAUUUUCCACGCCUGAUGGCAGUAUCGUAUUGGUGAUCUUAAAUUUGAACGAAGAGAACAAAGAAAUUUUGAUCCACGAUCCAAAGAAAGGAACAACAAAGCUAAAUAUUCUCGCAAAGUCUUUAAUUACCAUGAAAUAUUGGUGAUGUAGUUGAAAUAUAAAUCCGCUGUAUAA